UUAACCUUUUUCUUAAUUUAGCAUUAUUACUCUUUUGUUUUCUUUUGUCAGAUUUUAUUAUUUUCAUUUUCAUAUCGUCUUCUACCACAAGUCACCACCAAAGAAAACAAAAAGCAGAGAAAAGAGGAAGAAGAAGACGAAGAAUAUUCAUUUCACCUCUUGUUUUUGGCUUCCUUCUCAAGCCAUUAAAUCUUUUUUUCUCUUCUUUUGAUAAUCUUCUCAGCCAUUAAAGCUUCCACGAGAACACCUCCACAACUUCACUUGCCUCUCACGAGAAAGCAGAAAACAAACCCACUUUACAGAUUGUCUCUCUACUUCUAUAUAUUAUUACAGUCUCUCUGUUUCUUGAACCUCACUUACAAGAAGAAAGACAAUGAGAUUCACUCAGUUAAUUUGGUCUUUGACACUUCUCCUUCACUUCAGAUUCUUCACUGAGGCCAUGCUCGACCCUGUUGACUUCUUAGCUCUCCAAGCGAUUCGUAAAUCUCUCCACGAUCUCCCCGGUUCCAACUUCUUCCACUCAUGGGACUUCACCUCUGACCCCUGCGGCUUCGCUGGCGUCUACUGUGACGGGGACAAAGUAAUCUCCCUCAACCUCGGAGAUCCCAGAGCCGGUUCACCCGGUUUAUCCGGUAGAAUCGACCCGGCUAUAGGCAAACUCUCUGCUCUUACGGAGCUCUCCAUCGUCCCGGGACGUAUCAUGGGAGCUUUACCAGCUACAAUCUCUCAGCUCAAAAACCUCCGUUUCCUCGCAAUCAGCAGAAACUUCAUCUCCGGCGAGAUUCCGGCGAGUCUCGGCGAAGUUCGCCGUCUCAGAACGCUUGAUUUAAGCUACAAUCAGUUAACCGGGUCUAUCACUCCGUCGAUUGGAACCUUACCGGAGCUAACCAAUUUAAUUCUCUGCCACAAUCACUUAACCGGAUCAAUCCCUCCGUUUCUAUCCCAAUCACUAACCCGAAUCGAUCUCAAACGCAACAGCUUAACCGGUUCGAUCUCUCCAGCGUCUCUCCCUCCCUCGCUGAAAUAUCUAUCACUCGCUUGGAAUCAGUUAACCGGACCGGUUGACAGAGUUUUACUCCGGUUAAACCAGCUUAACUACCUCGAUUUAAGUUUAAACCGGUUAACCGGUACAAUCCCCGGUCGAAUCUUUGCCUUCCCAAUCACAAACCUACAGUUACAACGCAACUUCUUCUACGGUUUGAUUCAACCCGCGAAUCAAGUAACCAUCCCAACCGUCGAUCUCAGCUACAACCGAUUCUCCGGGGAGAUAUCUCCGCUUCUCUCGAGCGUCGAGAAUCUUUACCUUAACAGCAAUCGAUUCACCGGAGAAGUACCGGCGAGCUUCGUGGAGAGGCUGUUGUCGGCGAGCAUUCAGACGCUGUACCUGCAGCAUAACUUCUUGACGGGGAUACAGAUUAGUCCGGCGGCGGAGAUUCCGGUGAGUAGUUCGCUGUGUCUGCAGUAUAACUGCAUGGUUCCUCCGUUGCAGACGCCGUGUCCACUUAAGGCCGGCCCACAGAAGACUAGGCCCACUACACAAUGCAACGAAUGGCGCGGAUAAUUUCUAUGAUAAUGUUAUAUUUUAUAUGUUUUUUUCUUCAUUUUUUUUUUGUUAUAGUUUUUGCUUUUUUGGGGGCACAGUGUCUCAAUGUGUUGAAAAGAAAAAGGGGAAAAAGUGAAAGGAUUCGUUUAUUGGUUAAGGUGACUUCAGUGUGUAAAACUAUCUUUGGAAUAAAGAUUAUAUUCAUGUGACG